GCGCCUUGCACAACCACACCAGAGAUGCAUGAAUUCCUUUGUCGGAGGUCCUGCGCAUUGAUUGUCGAGCGGAGAGGAACAAGGCAGGCAUUCACUCCCAUCCCAGACUUUAUUUUUGCAGCCUUUGUUUUCUUGCUUCUUGGGACUUCUCGGGACUCAGACGCACAGAGAGACCCUCGGAAAAGUCUCCGAAAAUGCCUUCUCCGCAGAGCACGUACCCUUCGUACCUUGCGCUUUCCAUCUUCAACCUUCUCUGUUGCUGCUUUCCUCUUGGCAUCGCCGCCGUCAUCUACUCUUGCCAGGUGGACAAUGCCAACAGCUUGGGAAACGUCAACCUGGCUGCCAAAGCGUCCCGCACGGCCCGCCUUCUCAACAUUGUCGGGAUCGUCCUUGGCGUGAUCCUUAUUAUCGUUCUCGUCGUGAUUUACGUGGUCGCGUUGAAGGAGAUCCAAUGAAAAUCCUGCGGUGGAAACCUAUCUCUCCGUGCUUUGACGUGUUGGCCUUUUUUAAUACCUUCGGAGCAAUUCUCAAAGCUGUAAGCCAAUAAAGCUCCAGAUGCUUUGUAAUAAAA